ACGUAAUAUGUAUGUGUAUGUAUGCGUAUGUGAGCGUUUAAUACAUUAGCCAAAUGUUAAGGCGUUUCGUAUUUAAAUUUAUUACAGGUGAUGAUCUCAAAAGUCUUCAUUAUCACCAGUAUCACCAUCAACAGCACCAUUGCCAGCAUGCGUUGCUCAGCUUUUGUUGUCUUUGUAGUCUAUCUGCUACUAUUAGUUUUUAUACCAGCUCCCAUACAACCAUUGCCUCUAACACCAGGUGCCGAUAAUACCAGUUUUGAAUACAAACGCUAUUGCAGUAGUGCUCUAUCGGAUGCCAUACGUUUAAUAUGUGGCGGUCGUUUCAAUUCAUUAUCUCGAAAAUAUCCGGACAAUAUCGGUAACGGAAUGUUUAGAUUGAAACGUUUCGCCACCGACGAUGGCAUUUUUUAUAGACCGAAACAGACUGGACUUAUACAUGAAUGCUGUCGCCGUCCCUGUGGUUAUUCGGAACUUAAAAUGUACUGUGCGCCCAUUUAGAUGGAGUCAUAAACAAUAGCUAUUGUGUUCUGGGACCUUUUGACAUUUAAAACAACAACUUUGUGUGAUAUAAUUAUGAUCUUUGUAAAUUAAUGUUAAGUUAUAUACUUUAUUUUCAAAUACACACACACACACACAUACACACACACACACACAUACA